AUGGUAGAAUCGCCGCGCGCACGUAGCGGUCGUAGUGACCAUGCGCCGCCUCCACGCGGUGUCUUUGACGUAAGGGCAGAUUGCUUAACUCCGGGAGUACUUUAUAUGGCCUCUGGAACCGACAGUACCGGCAAGGUUAACACGGCGCUGAUAAACGUCAUAGAGAAACGUCUAUCUUACAAGAAUCCCAAUGUUAUUGAAACAACAAUAGCUGAGACUGAUAUACCCAAGCAUGAACAAUGGGCGAAAUCAAUUUUUUGGAACACAUCAAGUGACCUGCAACUUGACGAUAACGCUUAUAUCGACGCAUCAUGGGCUGCUGAGUCAAUCGAAGUAUCCAAACAAGUUAAAGAAUUAGCAAUGGUUGACCCGGUAUAUGACAAUGAAUUUGAUAGAGGUGUGGCUAGGGUUAACAAUAUACGCAACGUGACAUCGAAACUUAGGGUGUUGGAUUUGGCAGCAGGCAUAGGAGGUAACCUGGUAUACUUUGGAAUCGAAAGUGAUCUUGCAAUUGGAGUAGAAAUCGAUCAAACACGUGUUGAAAUAUGCAAGAAUAACGUCAAUGUAUAUGGACUCACGAACACACAUGUUCUGGAAGAUGACUUGUUCCACUUUAUUGAAGAGUUUGCACAGGAACCAUUGAAGAAGGCCACAGAGUUAGGGGUAGAACAAUAUUUUCUAGAGUCACCGGUUUUCGACUGCGUACAUAUUUCUCCACCUUGGGGAGGAAAAAGCUAUCCGGGGGCUUCAGGCGAUGCUGUAUACACCCUUCAAUGCAACUUUGACAUAGAACGGGCAAUGAAAUCAAUGUCCAAAAUCGCAGAUAUAGUCACAGUUUUCUUGCCGAGGUCACAAAGUGUAAACGAACUUGUGAAACUUGCUUCAAUUGGUGGAUUCCCCUUGGUUAUAAUAGCGGCAUAUCAUCUUCCAAAGAAAGUAAGGUGCAUACAUGCUCAUUUUGUCAAACGAGUCGAGUGUUUCAAGUCCAUUAAUCUGGAACAAAUGGAGAGGACCCACGUACCGUACAAGCAAACACCACACGCCCUGAAUAUUCUCAUACAUUCGACUCCAUACAAUACGCUACAUGUCAACAUGAAAUCACAGUUGCACAUGGACCAUGUCAUACAUGCUAUUAUGAAAAUACUGGACGAAAAAUUGCCAAUAAUAGCAAUCAAGUUGUACCAUCUCCUGAGGUUGUAUUCUUUACCUAACGUCAUUGCGCUUGUGAACCAGACAAGGGAGAUACACCAGGCGGGUGGCAUGACCAAAACAAACUCGGAUGAAAAACGGACAAUCGGUGGGAUAUUCUUCCACCUCCUCAAAACCCAAAAUAAGAUAGUCUACAAGCAAGUGGAGAAGCUAUCGGAUUAA